AUGGGAGACAACAAACCUGGAGGAAUAAUAGCGGCAGCAAAGAACCGGCUGCAGGUGGUGAGGGGUCUGGAGGAUGUGGAGGUGUCCGAGUGUGAGAGCUGCACCUUUGAGGUGACCCUGAACUUGGCCUACAUCGAGGGUGUGUGGACCAGGGAUGGGAUGCAGCUCAAGUCUAAGCCCAACUGUCGCAUCAGCAUGCAUGGGAAGAAACACUCCCUCAUAUUGAAGAGGGUGGCUCUAGGUGACGCUGGCCAGUUCUCUUUUCAGGCUAAUGGCAUUCAGACCGCAGGUCGACUCAGUGUGAGAGCUAGGGACAUCCAUAUAAUGAAGGAGCUGGAGGAUGUAGACACAAUGGAGCGGCAACCUGUGACCUUCCUGUGUGAGGUCAACCAGGUGGAUGUGGAUGGUCGGUGGUACAGAGAUGACUGCAGGAUCCGACCUGGGGACAACAUCAAGAUCAGACACCAGGGUAAAACUCACACCCUGCUCUUCAGGUCAGUCAGGCCAGAGCAUGCUGGAGAGAUCAGAUUCACUGCAGAGCGUGUCUCAUCCUAUGCAACUCUCACAGUACAAGAGCUCCCAGUCCAAAUUGUGCGUCCUCUGAAGGUCAAGAUAGCCAUGUAUCACCACCGGGGUCUACUGGAGUGCCAGGUGUCACGGCCUAAUGCACAGGUCAGGUGGUACAAGAACAGGAAGGAGCUCCUGCCUAGUACGAAGUACCAAGUCAUCAGCCAAGAUGUCUACAGGCAGCUGACCAUCGAUAAUGUCUGCUCCUCAGAUGAGGACACCUACACCUGUGAUGCAGGAGAUGACAAAACCUCAUGUCAGCUCCUGGUAGAGGAGCAGGCUAUCAGCAUAGUGCGGGGGAUGAGCGCAGUGGAGGUGAUGGAGCCAGAGCCGGCAUUGUUCCACGUGGAGACCAGCUUGAAGUCAGGGAGGCCUCCGAAGUGGACCCUGAACGGUGAGGUGCUGGAGCCAUGCGCAGCGGUGAACAUCGACAGGGAGGGCACCCUCCACAGUCUCUGUCUCACCUCCACUGAAAGCUCAAUGUCCGGCCCUGUGCUCUUUGUAGCUGGAAAGAGUCGCUCCACCGCUCAGCUCACUGUGAAAGAGCGACCUCUUCAGGUUCUUCACCACUUGGAUGAUGUGGAGGCGAAGGAGAACAGCUCUGUGACUCUGAGCUGUCAGUUUGCCCCUUCUCCCAGGGUGGUGCGGUGGUUUAAAGGUCGAACUGCUCUGAAGACUUCGAACAAGUACAGCAUGAAGAGAGAGGGGAAACGAGCAGGGCUGACCAUUCAUGGCUUGACAGCGAUGGAUUCAGGGCAGUACCGCUGCAUGGCUGGAGGUUCACAGAGCACAGCACAUGUUAAGGUAGAAGCACGAACACUUAAGUUGGUCAAACACCUUGAGCCGGUGGAAAUUGAGGAAGAUGGAGUCGCCACUUUCUCAUGUGAGCUUAACUAUGUGGUCGCCAACGUGGAGUGGCUUCUCAACAAUGUCCGCCUCUAUUCCAACGCCAUCAACAGGAUCCAGCACAUGGGCACAAUGCACAGCUUCAUAAUCAAGAAGCUGCGGCCACAGGAGAGCAGGGUCACCUUCAAAGCAGGCCUUCUCUCUGAGACUACAACCUUAAGGGUCAAAGAGCGCCCAGCAGUGUUCCUGAGGUCUCUGGAGGAUGCAGUAGGCGAAGAGCAAGGGGAGGUCUGCCUGCAGUGUGAAAUUUCCAAAGAGAUGGUCACCCCUGUUUGGAGAAAGGAUGGUAUGGUCCUGACAGCUGAUGAUAAACAUGAAAUACUCCAGUUUGGGAAGUCCAUGGCGCUGAUUGUCCAUUCACUGAGCAAGGAUGAUGCUGGACAGUACACCUGUGACCUGGGCACCAGCCAUUCUAAGGCUAAAGUUACAGUACAUGAUUUACACAUCACAAUUGUUCAACGUAUAAAGACAACCUCAGUUCUGGAGGGUGAAAGCUGCACCUUUGAGUGUCUCCUCUCUCACGAUCUCGAUGAUGAGCCUCUCUGGUCGAUCAAUGGCCAGGUGGUGGCCGCUGACAACCGUGUCCAGGUUAUCAACAAUGGCCGCAAGUAUAAGAUGACCAUCAAAGAUGCCUUACUUACUGACGCUGGAGACGUGGUCUUCACAAUUAACGACCUCAGCUGUAGGACCAUGCUUUUUGUAAAAGAGAAACCGAUGCACAUCUUCAGGGACCUGCUGAACGUCAAGGCAGUGCCAGGCGAGGACGCUGAGCUGAGCUGUGAAAUCACCAAACCAGAGGCCACCAUCCAUUGGCUGAAAAAUGGCCAUCUAAUCAGAAAGAGCCCUAAAUAUGAGAUGAGUGUGGAGAAGAACUUGGCGCGGUUGGUGAUCAAGAAUACCACCAUUAGAGACUCUGGGGAGUACUGCUGUGAGGCCGAAGGUGUUGCCUCUCGUGCCAAGCUGGAGAUCAGAGAACUCCAGCACACAUUUGCAAGGGAGCUGAGGGAGACACGAGCAGAGGAAAAGGGUAAAGUGACCCUGGAGUGUGAGACCAGACGGCCAGCCAAGCGUGUGAAAUGGCUGAAAGGAAUGAUGGACCUGAGGUCUGGUAGGAAGUACGUCAUCAGGCAGAAGGGUGUGGUGCUGUCCCUGACCAUCACCUGCCUGGAGAAGUCAGACACGGAUGUUUACACAUGUGAUGUCGGUACCAUGCAGAGCCGAGCACAGCUGACUGUGCAGGGCCAGAAGGUAUUGAUCCUGGAUGAACUAGAGGAUGUUGAGUGUCUAGAAGGUGACACGGUCACAUUCAGAUGUCGAAUCUGUCCCAGUGACUACAUCGGGGUCAGGUGGUACCUGGAUGAGACUCUGCUGUACACCAAUGAGCUCAAUGAGAUUCAGAUGGUACCCGGAGGCUACCACACCCUCACGUUUAAGCAGCUUGCCCGCAAAGACACUGGCACCAUUUCAUUUUCAGCAGGGGACAAAAGAUCGUACGCUUCACUACUGGUUAGAGAGAGGCGCCCCACCAUCAUUAAAGCACUGGAAGACUGUGAGGCUAUUGAAGGAGGUGGUUUGGUUUUGUCCUGUGUGACCUCCAAGCCAUGUCACAUCCUCUGGUACAAAGAUGGCUGCCUGAUGUGGAGCUCCUCCAGAUAUUUUGCCAGUCGUUCCGGCUGUGAGGCUCGACUAACGAUCCGGGAGGUCUGCAACAGUGAUGCUGGGGUGUACGAGUGCAGCGCUGGAUCUGUUACAACUAGGGCUGUUGUAACUGUCAAAGCCAUCCCAGCAGAGUUCACUCAGCCUCUGAAAACUGUGGAGGCCAAAGAGGGAGAGACUGUAACCCUGACCUGUGAGUACUCUUUGCCUGGGGUCCAGUUCCACUGGAGGAAAGGUUUCGAGAGUAUCAGGCCUGGAGACAAGUACAUGAUGAAACAGAGGAAGACAAUCAACUCUCUAACCAUCAAAGGCGUGAAGCCGGAGGACUCAGGAGAAUAUACCUGUCAGUGCCGAGAUCACCGCACAACAGCAAGCAUCAAAAUACAUGCUAUUCCUAUUUCAUUCAUACAACAACUGAAGAACAUGCAAGCAGAGGAGGGCAACAAUGUCAUAUUGCGCUGUGAGCUGUCCAAACCUGGAAUACCAGUCGAAUGGAGGAAAGGAGAUGAGCUGCUGAAGAAUGGGGUCAAGUACCAGAUAAGGAAAUGGGAAACCACAUUGGAGCUUCUGAUAUGGAAGCCUGUGCCUCAGGACACCCUCCCGGUCACUUUCAAGCAGAAGCUGAGGAAUGUGCAGAUCGAGGAGGGCAACACAGCGACUUUACGCUGUGAGCUGUCUAAACCUGGUCAUACUGUGGAGUGGAGGAAGAGGGGGGAUGAACUCAUCAGGAAUGGAGAGAAAUAUCACAUUCGGCAGAGAGACUUGCUGAUUGAAUUGAGGAUCUUUGAUGUGACACCUGAGGACAGCAAUAUCUACACAUGCAUCUGUGGAAAUAUAGAGACCACUGCAACUCUGACUGUGAAUGCUCUUCCCAUCACCUUCAAGCAAAAGCUGAAGAACCUCCAAGUCGAGGAAGGACACAACAUCACAUUGUAUUGUGAGAUCUCUAAGCCUGGAGUCCCAGUGGAGUGGAGGCUCUCAGGAGAUCUUCUGGAGAACGGAGAGAAGUACCAGAUUAAGCAGAGGGCCUCUGCUCUGGAGUUGACUAUCAGAGAUACUGUGCCUGAAGACAGUGGUGUAUACACCUGUGUGUGUAGAGAGCAGAAGACAAAGGCCACUGUUAAAGUUAUUGCGGUUCCUGCCACAUUUAAAGUGAGCCUGAAGAGCCAGGAGGCCGAAGAAGGGAACAGUGUGACGUUACGCUGUGAGUUGUCAAAGAAGGGAGUCCCAUUGCAGUGGCAGAGAGAGGGCCAGGAGCUCUCUGAGGAGCUAUCUCAAGGAAAGUAUCAGAUGAAAGUAGAAGGAAAGACAGCUCUGAUGACCAUCCUCAGUGUCCAACCAGAAGAUGCAGGGAAGUACAGCUGCAUCACAGGAGAUGAGAAAACCACAGCUGAAAUCAAAGUGAAACCACUUCCUGUGACAUUCAAACGAGAGAUCCAACGCCUGGUGGCGAGGGAAGGGGAGAGUGGAGUUUUCUGCUGUGAGCUCUCCAAACCUGCAGCUCCAGUGGAGUGGAGGAAAGGCAGAGUCAUCCUGAAGCCUGGAGAGAAAUAUGAGAUGAAGCAGGAGGGACGUCUCACUAAACUGGUCAUCAACAACUUGGAGGAGAGCGAUGCUGGGAAAUACACCUGCAAGACUAAAGACAGCCAAUCAACUGCUGAACUCACCGUACAAGCUUUACCGCCAAGUUUCAAGCUGCCGCUAGUUAACCAGGAGGUGAUGGAGGGGAACAGUGUGGUUCUGCGCUGUGAGCUCACCAAACCUGCCCCAUCGGUGGAGUGGAGGAGAGGAGGUGAGCUGCUGAAGAAUGGAGACAGGUACCAGAUGAGGAAGAAGGACCUCCAGGUGGAGAUGAAGAUUGUGGACCUCAGUCUGGAUGACACUGGAGAUUAUACCUGUAUAUGUGGAGAAGAGAGGACAACAGCUAGGAUCAUGGUGAAUGAACGGCCCAUCAAAUUCCUUCAAGAACUGAAAAAUAUUCAGGUGCAGGAGGGCAAUGUGGUGAGUCUCUGCUGUGAGCUCUCCAAACCUGACACUCCCGUGCAGUGGAAGAAAGGAGACAAUGUGUUGACCGGCGGAGAGAAAUACCAGAUGAAGCAGAACGGCUCCACACUGGAGCUCCUCAUCAGGAAAAGCCAGCCUGAGGACAGUGGCACAUACAGCUGUGUUUCGAUCCCGGUGACCUUCAAGCAGAAGCUGAAGAACCAGGAAGCUGUGGAGGAGGGCAGUGUGACGCUGCGCUGUGAGCUUUCUAAGCCAGGAGUCCCAGUGGAGUGGAGGAGAGAUGCUCAACUUCUGAUAGAGGGAGAAAAAUAUCAGAUGAAGCAAGAGGGCAGGGUGGCCGAGAUGCUGAUUAAAAAUUUAACUCUCACAGACACUGCAGAGUACUGUUGUUUUGCUGGCACUGUUGUGACCUCAGCUGACAUCAAAGUAAGAGAGCUCCCUGUAACAUUUAAACAAGAGGUUGAGACUUUGGAAGUGAAGGAAGGGGAGAGUGGAGUUUUCUGCUGUGAGCUCUCCAAACCUGGAGCUCCAGUGGACUGGAGGAAAGGCAGAGUCAUCCUCAAACCUGGAUACAAAUAUGAGAUGAAACAAGAGGGACGUCUCACAAAACUGAUCAUCAACAAUGUGGAGGAGAGCGAUGCUGGGAAAUACACCUGCAAGACCAAAGACAGCCAAUCAACUGCUGAGCUCAGCGUCAAGGCUCCUCCCAUCACGUUCAAGACGAAGUUAAGGAACCUGCAGGUGGAGGAGGAGAACAGCCUGACAUUGAGCUGUGAGUUAUCUAAGCCUGGCCUUUCUGUGGAGUGGAGGAAAGGAGAAGAGCUUCUGAAGAAUAAUUUCAAGUACCAGAUUAAAAACCGAAACAGUGUCAUGGAGCUGACCGUCAAAAACGCACAGCUGGAGGACAGUGGUGUCUACAGCUGUAUCUAUGGUGAUGCCAAGACCGCAGCCAACGUCACCAUUACAUCUAUUCCCCUCACCUUUAAAAUGGGUCUGAAGAACCAGGAGGCCCCUGAAGGAGGCAUCGUGACCCUUCGCUGUGAACUGUCCAGGGCCGGGGUGCCUGUGCAGUGGUGGAAGUCAGAGGACCAGCUCUAUCAUGGAGGGAGGUAUCAGAUGAUGCUGAGAGGGAAGGUAGCAGAGAUGCACAUCAAAAACAUCCAGCCAGAGGAUGUUGGAGAGUACAGCUGUGUCUUUGGAGGGCAGAGGACAGUGGCUGAAGUGAACGUGAGAGCGGCAGCAGGUGUGUUCUUUGAGAAGGAACUGGAGAACCAAGUGGUAAUGGAGGGGAAACCUGUGCUGCUGUCUUGUGAAGUUACCAGUGCUAAUGUCCCUGUUACUUGGAAGAAGGACAACAUUGUGGUAGAAGAAGGAGGACGGUGCAUUUUAAAGAAAAAAGGCCCCACGCACUCUCUGGAGAUCAAGAAAUUACUUCUGGAGGAUGCUGGAGAGUACUGCUGUAGCACCAGAGGCAAGAAGACCACUGCCAAGCUGACUGUGAGGGAGCGCGUGCGGAUUGUUACAGAGCUGCAAGACAUAACGGUGACGGCGGGAGAGGACGCGGCGUUUGUGUGUGAGCUGAGCCACUCGGACGUGAGUGAAGGUGUCUGGUGGCUCGGUUCCAGCCCACUGCAAAGGAACGAGAUGAACCAGAUGAUGUGCCAGGGUCGCCAGCACCGACUGGUCCUCACCAUGACAACACCUGAGGAGACGGGCACCGUGGCAUUUGUGAUUGGGGAUGAGAGGACCUCUGCAUGUCUGCUAGUGGUCCCUAAGCCCAAAGAGCUCCCUCCAUUCUUCCAGGAAGAAUUGCAGAAUACGGAAGUUGAGGAGGGAGGUUUGGCCUCUCUGUACUGUGAGCUGUCUAAACUUGGAGUGCCAAUUCAAUGGAAGAAGAACAGACUGCCGCUAAGAGCCAGCAGGAAAUAUGAGAUGAAGCAGGACGGCUGCCUCCUCCAGCUGCACAUCAAGGAGCUCAAACUUGAGGACAGUGGCAGCUACACAUGUCAAGCAGGAAGUGCAGAGACCACUGCAACUGUGACAGUGAAAGAGCUCCCUCCAUACUUCAAGAAACAAUUAAGACGCAUGGAGGCUGAGGAGGGAGGUUCAGCCUCCCUCUCUUGUGAGCUGUCUAAACCUGGAGUAUCAGUGCAGUGGAAGAAGAACAGACUGCCACUCAGAGAAAGCAGGAAGUAUGAGAUGAAGCAGGACGGCUGCUUCCUUCAGCUCGACAUCAAGGAGCUCAAACCUGAGGACAGUGGCUGUUACACAUGUCAGUCAGGAGGUGCAGAGACCACUGCAACUGUGACAGUGAAAGAGCUCCCACCAUUUUUCAAAGAGGAACUGCAGAAUGUGAAGGAAGAAGAGGGAGGUUCAGUUUCCCUGUGCUGUGAGGUGUCCAAACCUGGGCUGUCAGUGCAAUGGAAGAAGAAUAAGCUGCCUCUAAGACCCAGCAGGAAAUAUGAGAUGAAGCAGGAUGCCUGCCUCCUCCAGCUGCACAUCAAGGAGCUCAAACCUGAGGACAGUGGCAGCUACACAUGUCAAGCAGGAAGUGCAGAGACCACUGCAACUGUGACAGUGAAAGUGCAAUGGAAGAAGAACAGACUGCAACUGAGAGCCAGCAGGAAGUAUGAGAUGCAGCAGGACGGCUGCUUCCUCCAGCUCCACAUCAAGGAGCUCAAACCUGAGGACAGUGGCAGCUACACAUGUCAGUCAGGAACUGCAGAGACCACUGCAACGGUGACAGUGAAAGAGCUUGCUCCAUUCUUCCACAAGGAAUUGCAAAAUGUGGAGGCUGAGGAGGGAGGUGCAGCCUCCCUGCACUGUGAGCUGUCUAAGCCAGGAGUGUCGGUUCACUGGAGGAAGAACAAGCUGCCACUGAGAGCCAACAAGAAGUAUGAAAUGAAACAAGAUGGCUGCUUCUUCCAGCUCUACAUCAGGGAGCUUAAACCUGAGGACAGUGGGAGCUACACAUGUCAAGUAGGAAGUGCAGAGACCACUGCAUCUGUGACAGUGAAAGAGCUCCCCCCAUUCUUCAAGAAGGACUUACAAAGUAUGGACGCUGAGGAGGGAGGAUCAGCUCCCCUGUGCUGUGAGGUGUCUAAACCUGGGCUGUCAGUGCAAUGGAAGAAGAACAGACUGUUACUGAGAGCCAGCAGGAAGUAUGAGAUGAAACAAGAUGGCUGCUUCAUCCAGCUACACAUUAAGGAGCUCAAUCCUGAGGACAGUGGCUGCUACACAUGUCAAGCAGGAAGUGCAGAGACCACUGCAACUGUGACAGUGAAAGAGCUCAUUCCAUUCUUCAAGAAAGAACUAAAAAAUGUGGAGGCUGAGGAGGGAGAGGCAGCCUCCCUGUCCUGUGAGCUGUCUAAGCCUGGAGUGUCAGUGCAAUGGAAGAAGAAUAAGCUUCCACUGAGAGCAAACAGGAAGUAUGAGAUAAAACAAGAUGGCUGCCUCCACCAGCUGCACAUCAAGGAGCUCAAAUCUGAGGAUAGUGGCAGCUACACAUGUCAAGUAGGAAGUGCAGAGACCUUUGCAAUGGUGGCAGUGAAAGCACUACAAUCUGCUCCACCAAACACAGAGCCUCCCACAAUAUUACCUCGGGUAAAGGGUGCUGUCUCUAAAACAACUCCUAGUCCCGAGAGUGAGGAGCCUGGCCUCCCAGAGGCCAAACCUGUUCCUCCAGAGCCCAAAAAGAGAUCUCAUAGGAAAGCAUCUAUUACAAAUUCAGAAAAAGAUGAGGAGCCAGUAUUGCACCUAAAGCAGUCUGUGCUGAAGGAAAAUAAUAAAGACCAAAAAGGAACCCAACCUGUAAAGCCUAUGGAGAAAGACUUUGAUGUUGUACAGAACAUAACACAACUGGAGAGUGAGGGCUACAAGAAAGCCGAUAACUCAGUGAGAUUACUAGAGCAGGAUGACAGGAUUGACAGGAAGGUCAAAGAGCCAGGGAGGUCUAUGGAAACAGAAAAUGAAGUUUUCCUGGAGAAGCAACAAGGAAGGAAUUUGGAGGAAAUGGUUAAAGCUGACCUUAAAGUAAGUCAAUCAGAGAGGGUUCUGGGUGACACUGUGGCUGAACAACAGAGAUUAAAACAAGCAGGAAAGCCCUCAGAGAAAACAAGUGAAAUUCAGGAGAAGGUGAAACAUCCUGGGACGCUUCUGCGGAAGAACAAGAUUGACAUCAGCAUUGAGGAUGAACCACAAAUGCAAGAGGCAGCAGUCAAGAUCCAGGCUGCCUUUAAAGGCUACAAAACCCGCAAAGACAUGCGACCUGUCUUUAAAGAGGUUUUUAAGAACCAGAGUGCAGAUCUUCAUGGUACAAUUACUCUAGUGUGUGUUGUAGAAGGAAAACCCAGCACAGUGCGCUGGCUGAAAAACGGCCAACAAAUCACUAAUGACCAGCGCUGCCGUACUGAGACUACAGAGAAGGGCGUGUGCACACUGGUGAUCAAAAACCUUACCACCAGUGACGGUGGAAUCUAUACCUGUGAGGUGGUGAAUAAGUUUGGUGUGACCUCCUACAAUGGAAACGUAACGGUAGUACAGCCUCAGCAGGCUGCUCCGACAGCCCAGAAGCCUGUGCACCCACCCCUUGCAGCCAUAACUCCUCUGCAACUUGCCCCACCAAGGCCUGAGGUCCAGGCCAAAACACAGACUCUGAAUCUUCCUCAGACUCAAGCACAGAUACCCACUUCAGCUACAGAUGCUGCAAACUAUGUAGAAAGUGUGAGUGUCUCUCUGUGGGAGGCCUACAACCUGACGGAGCUGACUGCACAGAUGACUCUGGAAGAGAGGAGACGAUCAUCACUCAUUGCUGCCAGCUCCAGAGCUCAUGAAGGCAGAAUGAGGACACCAUCUCCAAAGCACCAUCGUGCCCACACACCCUUAGCAAGUACGGUAUCUGGAUCAGAGUCAGAGGGGGAAGAGGAUAGCAGAGAGACAUUUGAAAUGUAUGUGGCUCGAGCUGACUGCAGUCCUAACAGUGGAAAUAAGAACAGUUUCAUCCUGAAGGAGGGCCAGUUUGUAGAGGUCCUGGAUUCUGUUCAUCCUGACAGAUGGCUGGUGAGGACCAAACCCACCAAAACCAACCCUGCUCGACAGGGAUGGGUGUGUCCAGCCUACCUGGAAAAGAAGAGAAAGGAAACCUUCCCACAAAUGAGAGCACCUCAAGAGGAUCUUGAUGGAAUAGGGUCUACAGGAGAAGAAUAUCGGAGAGCUAUGAGCCAACUGAUCCAAGGCCUGAUUGACGGAGAGGAGGAGUUUGUAAAGGAGAUGAAGAUGUUCACCUCUCACCAGCUAAAUUAUCUGGACUCUAGUUGCCACGUCCCCAUUAACAUCCUCAACCAGAGAGAGAUCAUUUUCAGGAAUAUCAAGGACAUUGUCUUUCUGCAUGAGAGGUGCGUCCUUCCUGGUCUGAGAGGCUGUGCCACAGACGAUGAUGUGGCCAUGCAUCUGAUCAAGCACACUGAGGACUUUGAAAAGUAUCUUCACUACAUGGUGGGACAAGCUCAAGCUGAAGCCUGCGUCACCGACAAGGCUACCCAGCAAUAUUUCAAAGAGUUAGCAGAAUCUGGUAAGCCUGACGCACCUGUCAUGGAUGUCCUUACCUUCCUCCAGCGACCAGUGGAGAGGAUUCAAACCUACCAGGCUUUACUCAAGGAGUUUAUCAAGAACAAAGCCAAAGGUGGUCAGAGCUGCUGUCUGUUAGAGGAUGCCUUCUCUACGGUGUCCUGUCUGCCCUGGAGGUCUGACAACCUGCAUCAAGUGUCCCUCAUCGAGAACUACCCAGCUCCUCUAACUGCCCUGGGCGAGCCUGUGCGACAGGGAGUCUUCACAGUGUGGGAGGAAUCUCCAGAAAUUAAGACGGCCUCUAGAGGGCAUCAGAGACAAGUCUUUCUCUUCAAGGAAUGUAUCGUACUGUGUAAACUGAAAAGGGACACUCGCAUGAACAGUGACACCUACACCUUCAAGAACAAAAUGAAGCUGAAUGAUGUGGAAAUAAAGGAGACUGUGGGUGGAGAUGAAAAGUCUUGGGGGUUGUGGCAUGAGCACAGGGGCUCAAUGCGUAGGUACACACUGCAGGGCCGCUCCACGCUGGUUAAACUGCCCUGGCUCAAAGACCUGAAGGAGCUCCAGCAACGCUCCAGUCUGCCCACUAACAGCCCACCAGUGUUUGAGUCACUGUUGUCUGACUGCACAACAAAGAUAGGGCAGACAAUUAAACUGACAUGCAAGGUCACAGGAUCACCCAAACCAGUGGUCAGCUGGCUCAAAGAUGGCCUUCCUCUGGAGGAUGACCCCCGUCACAUCAUCACAGCGGACCGGUCUGGAACCUGCAGUGUCAUCCUGGACAAUCUCACUGCAGAGGACUCUGGACAGUAUACAUGUUACGCUACCAGCUCCAUGGGCACUGCUGGUACUCUGGCUAAGGUUGUGGUGCAGGCUCCACCCAGAUUUGUGAGUCGGCUGGAGAGUGCUUGUCUAAUAGAAGGAGAGGACAUCCAGUUCUCUUGUUCCACACUCAGUACUCCUUUACCACGAAUCAGGUGGUUGAAAGAUGGCAGAGAGUUGACUGACCAGCAAAAAUACUCGAUCCUGAAUGAUGCUCGGAGUGGAAUCUUGUGUCUGACGGUCAUCUGCGCAACAGCGGCAGAUAUUGGACAGUAUGAGUGUGAGCUAACUCUUCACUCCUACGAACACAAGAUGGUCAUGUGCUGGGCGGGUGCUCCCUUUGCGCCCAUGCAGGAGUGGGCAUGCACCCAUGUCCUGUUGAUGUGUUUGGCUUUGGUAGAUGCAGACUCAGAGGGCUGGUCCACUGCCUUUGUGAAGAAAUGGUUACAGACUGAUUUCAGCCCCACCUCUAUUGCCAAGGUGCUUUUCCCUCCUGGACACCCUGAACAAGCAGAGUGUAGCACUGAGGAGACAGCUCCUGCUGCCACAUCCAUGGAUCAGGUGGUUCAGCAGCCGCUGUAUUACCUGGAGGAAGAGGAGGAGGAGAUUUACAUCUCAGAACCAAUGCAGGAAAUUACAGAUGCUCCACCCUCCAUCCAGGUACCCACUGAGGACCUGUGUGUAGAGCCCGGCCAACCAGCUACAUUUACAGCCAUCAUCACAGGACGACCGACUCCUAAGAUACAGUGGUACAAGGAUGAAGAAGAGCUUGCAGCCAAUGAGAAUGUGGAGAUAGUACAGCUUGGUGCCCGCUGCUCAGUGACCAUAGUGUGCUCCGAGGGUGAGGACAGCGGCAUAUACACCUGCUUAGCCUACAAUGACUCCGGCCAUGCCUCAUGCCAGGCUCAGCUCACGGUGGAGGAAGGCCCACUGGAGUGUCAGGAGAGAGAGGUGGAGCUGGGGAAGAGAAGGAAGUUAUUCUCUGUCUAUGAUGUUCAUGAGGAAAUUGGAAGGGGAACGUUUGGGGUAGUGAAGCGUGUCGUCCACAGAAGGACAGGUGAAGUCUUUUCUGCCAAGUUCCUUCCUCUGCGGAGCAGCACUCGGACGAGGGCCUUCCAGGAGAGAGACUUACUCUCCCGUCUGGCUCAUCCCAGAGUGGCCUGUCUGCUGGACUUCUUUUGCACCAGACGCACUCUGGUGCUGAUCACAGAAAUCUGCUGCUCUCAUGGACUUCUGGAUCAUUUAUUACUCAGAGGAUCCGUCUCAGAGAGAGAGGUUCAGUCAUACAUCCAGCAAAUCCUUGAAGGUGUUGGUCACAUUCACAGCAUGAACAUCUUGCAUCUGGACAUUAAACCGGAUAAUAUCCUAAUGGUGUAUCCACCCAGAGAUGAGAUAAAGAUCUGUGACUUCGGCUUUUGCCAAGAAAUAGACGCAUCCAGACACCAGUACAGCAUGUUUGGUACACCAGAGUUCGUUGCACCCGAGAUUGUUCACCAAGAACCAGUCACUGUUGCCACUGAUAUUUGGGCUGUGGGUGUUAUAGCCUAUCUAUGUCUGGUGUGUCGAUGUCCUUUUGUGGGCGAGACGGACCGGGCAACACUGCUGAGAGUGGGGGAGGGGACCCUGAACUGGGACGCCCCUGAUGUCACAUACAGGAGUCCUGAGGCACAGAACUUUCUCCACCUGGUCCUUCAGCCAGAUCCAGAGAUGCGACCGUCUGCCUUUGAGUGCUUGAGCCAUGAAUGGUUCCAGGACAAACAUACAGGAGAAGAUACUGAUGAAAUCAACAUGAGAAGUUUGAAAGUCUUUAUCUCAAAAAUGAAAUGGCAGCGUUCGUUGACUUGCAUUGGGUCAGUUCUCACAUUGAGGCCUGUCCCUGAGCUGCUGGACGCUCCUCUCAGAGAGACUGCUGUGACGGUGCCUCGUGAGCUCCAGGAACACAGCAGCACCUCUCUGAGCAGUGGCUCAUCAUCUGAGUAUGAUGAAGCUGACGCUUUGGACUUUUUCCGGCACUACAGUCCGACUGAGGAGGAGGAGGAGGAAACAGAGGAGGAUUAUGAUCCUUUAAUGGAGAGAGCACAGAUCCCCGAGCCUUUUGCCAAACUCCACCAAGAUGGAGAGGAAGAGGAGGAAGUGACAUUAGGGGAGGAAGAGGAUGGGGAGAUGGUAGGAAGGACGAGUGUAUUAGAGCGGAGUAUGAGCAGGCAGUCAGUUGCGUUGAGCAAAGACAGCAGUCAAUCUCUCUACCUCUCUGACUGGGAUGAGGGUUCAGGAAGUGACGGAGGUCGUAUCCCUCGGGGCAGCGUCAUCCGAAGCACUUUCUACAGCACCUCUCAUCAGCUUUCACCCAUGUCUGCCAGACACAUGUCAUUACGGGACAAAUUCCAGGCCAAAAAACAGGAGAGAGGUCGCAAACCACUGAGGAGGAGCUUUUCAGGACGCCUCAAUGAACCUCUUAUUGAAUAUGUGGAGGAUGAGACAGAAACUAAUCGAGGCCAAAGACGGGGAUCUAUUCAGCCCACGAUGCAGAAAUCCUGCUCCUUUGACAGUGGAGUUGGCCUCAUCCAUGGCAACGUACCCCCUCACAGGAGGAGCAGGUCUCUUGAUGAGUAUUCGCGCCGGUCUCCCAGCUCACCCAAGCGCACAAUGCCGGGGGAAGAAGAAGGCUCUCAAAGUCUGAAGGAAGAUUUCACAGAUGAUGAAGUGGCUGGGAGAAACUUGUUGGCCAUCCCGGGCCCACGACGACCUGCAAGAAGACGUGGCUCCAUCACUCCUGUACAUGCGACUCGCACACUGGGCGGAACAACUGUUCCCACAGACUUCCUUGCUGGAGACAGAACGGGCACCAGGUUGAUUCAGGACCAGACAGAGAGCGAUACUUUUGCUGGCUCCCAGGGGUCCCUGGCUGAGUCAUCUAUUUUGGAGCACGGUGGCUCAGAGUCUUCAAGCAGAAUCGGCUCCUGCGAGGAGCUGAGUCAUGGUCAUCUCAGAGGAAGAUACAGAUCAGGAGAGAGUGAAGGGUAUGAUGACCAGGGGGAGCCUCUGAUUUCAUCAUCUCCCUGCUCAUUCCAAGAAGUCAAACCCAGAGGCUCGUUUCCUCAGGCCCCACCGCGAAACCGCACCCGCUCCAACCCAAACUUAUCUGCAAACAGCAGAGGUCAGCAAGGGCCCCUGUUGAUGCCGAGCCCCAGUCCCAGCCUCUCUUCUCUCCAGGCUCCAGAGAGGCCUCCCAGGGCCAGGGACAAGAAGGAAGGCUACGGCCUGCAGAGGCAUGCAUCUGCUCCAGCCCUGGAAGCCCGACCACCCACAGGAAAGUCACCCAAGCUGGGACUGCUCAAGAUCUUCCGCAGGCAGUCCUGGACUGGCCAUUCGUACUCUCAGCUGGAGGACACAGAAUUAGGACCCACAUUAGGAGAGAUCAUGACGCCCGAUACACCCACCAUGUCUUUGAGGAAGAAAAUGAGAGCUUCAGCUUCUAGCCUGACCAAGCUGUUUUCCAGAUCUAAGGAGGAUGUGAGUAAAGGAGGGCCAAUAGUAAAAGGAUCACCUCCCAUCCCACCUGAAAGGGAGCGUAGUGCUGGUCUUGAGAGUCCAAAAAAGAAGACCUCCAAAAUCCUUCCUUCUUUCAAAAUACCUGCAUUCAAAAAGACAAAAGAUCUGCCAGUCCGUCCCAACAAGCCUGAAGUUCUGCAGUUAGAUGGAGGCAGAGUCCUGCUGGUUUGGAAACCGAUCCAGUCAAGUGACCCUCUCACCUACUGUGUGCAGUUCUGUUCAGAUGGUGGGGCGUGGACAGUCCUGUCAGACAAUGUGACAGACAGCUGCUAUGUGGUGAAGGACUUAGUGAGAGGAGCGUCUUAUGUGUUCAGGGUGGGCUGCAUCACCAAGACAGGAGCAGGACCUUUCAGUGACGCUUCAGCACCUGUUGUUAUGGCUACUCAUCCCGAAGAGACUCACAUUUCUCUAACCCUGACUGAGACCCUGGGGUCAAAGGUCACUGGAUCAGAACAACAAACAACACAAAGGAACUACAGCUUCCUCUCUGAGAUUAACAGGGGUCGUUUCAGUGUAAUAACCCUGUGUAGAGAUGUUGAAACGAGCAAAGUGUUUGCAGCCAAGAUCACCCCUUACCAGGCAGAGCAGAGACAGCUGGUGCUUAGGGAGUACCAGCUGCUGAAGAGGCUUCAUCACCCACACCUGGUGCAGCUGCACACUGCCUACCUCACCUCCUACUACCUGGUGUUAGUGGAGGAGCUUUGUCCCGGCAAGGAGCUGCUCUACAGUCUGGCUGCGAGAGAUCUGUACGCAGAGACUCAUGUCGCUGAGCUGCUGGUUCAGAUUCUGAGUGCAGUCGAUUACCUUCACAGCCGUCGAGUCAUCCACCUGGACCUGAAGUCUGACAACAUGCUGGUGGAUGAUGGUAACCACUUAAAGAUUGUGGACUUUGGCUCAGCUCAGUCCUACACACCCGGACAGCCCCUCAACAUCGAGCACAUCCAGGGCCUGUCGGAGAGCAAAGUUUAUAUUGUCCUUCCUAAAGCUCCGGAGAUCCUGGAGGGUCAGGGUGUCGGGCCUGAAACUGAUGUUUGGGCUAUUGGAGUUCUGUCGUUCAUCAUGUUGAGCGCCGACAGCCCGUUUCAUGCAGAGCUCAGCUGGGAGCAAGACAGAAACAUCAAGAAGGGGAAGAUCCAGUUCGGACGCUGUUACCCUGGUCUGUCAGAGGGAGCCUUAAACUUCAUGAAGACCAGCCUGAAUAACAAAUCCUGGGGGAGACCCACUGCAGCUGAGUGUCUCCAGAACCCAUGGCUGCGUGCUCCUCGUGCGCCACACAAAGCCCGACAAUCCAAGGUGUGUUUCUCCACAGACAAGCUUAAAGCUUACCUCAAUCAGAAGGAAGAGAAACGAGACCUGGUCCACACCAAGCUGCAGGGUCCCUUCUUCCAGUAA